GGCCCGUAAAACUCGUCGGUCUCCGCAUGAAUGGGAAGAAGGAGCGAAAAAACAAAAACAAGAACGACACAUCGCUCCUUUACUCGCAACUUUCUUGAACGUUUACCUCGAAGGAAUACAGUAUACAAAGAUGCCUCAGGGAGUGUGGCAGCGCAAAUUUCCUGACGGGUACGGCCUCGAGGCUGUGCUUGCGGCGACGAGGAGCCAGCACGGGGACGAGAAGGAGCCUGUGCCGAUUGAGCGGCCGCCUGCUGAGCUCAACGACCUCAUCGCCGCAGACGCCGGCGGCGAGGGCUUCACCCUCAGCUCCUUCACCGCCUCGGACGCCUGGGAACUGGGCCACCUGCUGCACGCGCGGCUCCUCCCCUUCGCCCAGUCCUCGCCGUCCCGUCCGGCGCUCAUCUCCAUCAGCCUCGCCUCCAACCCUCACACGCCGCUCUAUCAGUCCGCCACGGGCCCGGGCAUCACGGCCGACAACGGCACGUGGGUGGCGCGCAAGCGCGCGGCGGUGCUGCGCUUCGGCGUGAGCAGCUGGCUCAUGGGGCGCAAGUUCAAGGACGCGGGCGGCGAGGCUGCGUUUGCGGCAAAGUACGCGCUCGGGCCGGAGGGCGCGGGCAAGUACGCGAUUCACGGCGGGGGCGUGCCGCUGAGGGUCAGGGGCGUGGAGGGCGUGGUGGCGGUGGUGGUGGUGAGUGGGCUCAAGGACUUUGAGGAUCACGGGGUGGUGGCGGAGGUGAUUAGGGGCCAUUGGGAGGUGCUGCGGGAGGAGUAGGAUGGAUGGAUGGAUGGAUGGAUGGACGGAUGAGACAGACGAGGAGCGAAGGGGGCCAAGGUGAAGCGUCCAGGUCAAAGUUAACGUUGUUGGGGGGAAGGGGGGCUGGACAAGGGGCUACUAGUAGGGAACUGGGCGUGGAGACAGCCUCAGGCAAAGUAUUGUUUUUGCUGUCACGUUGAGUGACUGUGGAAAACUGGGCUCUGCCUGUCUCAUGGCAGCAGGUGGUGACAGCUAUGGAUUGGCCAAACGGUACUUCGCAGUCCAAACGGCGGACAUUCAAACGGCUCUUAUGUGGCCGGCAUUUGCCGUGAUACCUCCGCUCACAUGUCGUGACCCGUCUUAGGAGGGUACGCGAUCCCUGGGUUUGAAAGCACGGGGGUGAUUGACAAUGGUUCUGUCGGCUCAUGUAUACAACGACACACACAUGACAGUGUGCCGCUCGCGUCCUUGGCAUCUAUCUAGGGGCCUACUUACGUCCAUCACUCACCCUCGUGAGUGCAUAUAGCAGCCCCGUGAAAGAGG